CCCAGGAGGCACCGCGGCAGCCCCUAAGCGAAGCCGCCCUCAGGCAUGGUGGGCGACUGAGGCGUUUGUAAUGGUCGUUCCCAUAGGAGUCAGAGGAGGUCCCGGGAUCUGCUAGGAUGUCUGAGGAACGAGAGUCAAAUUUAGGCAGGGCUUUGCCAGAGAAGUCGGUCUCUGCAACAGGGGCCGUCGCUCACUGCGAGAGGGCCCUGAAAGAGCGAAUGGGAAGUGAAGCCCUUGCCCGCUUAGGAAAAGGGAGGUGCGGCAGCAGAACUACAAUUCCCAGCAUGCCAUGCAAGUCUCAUUGAAAUGCACUCUGGGUCGUGUAGUUCAGGACUUUAAAAAUUUUUAUGACUAUGCUAGCUCAUAAGGCGCGCAGAGUACUCCCGGAUACAAAGUUCGAUAAAGAGAGAAGCACCGCUUUCCCUACAAGCAGCAUUUAGAAAGAUUGUUCUGCAAAGCACUGUGGAGAACGUGCAGUGCUGCCAAGGGGGAGGUCAACCCCAAUGCUUCCAGGUGGGAGAGAUACCGGGGGGCAGGGGCGCGACUCAAAAUUCCCCCCGUCCUUCACCUCAUUGGGACAGGGAAGCGACGGAGGUCUACAAGUCCCACCCGUCUGCGCGCUUAAAAGUUGCCAGAGUUUGGAAGAAUGAAUGAAUAUCUCACACCAGCGCCCGCCCGCCCAGACAGACACAAACGUUCCAGCCAAAUGGCCCGAGCUUGGUGUUCUUCUGUAAGGUUGGCAAAAGGGAAAAGAGCUUCCAAAUAAGUCUAGCUUGAUCACGUGGCGAUGAUUUAGAACGGGGCGAUAGAAAAACUGGCAACAUGCAUCUUUACUGUCUGCAAGAAGCAGAAAAACCAGGAAGCAGAAUACUUAUACAAUACAAGUAAUAUUCAGAAAAGGACGAGAGAACCCAAGAUGAAUGCAAAUCGGAGGAAAUAGUUUCAAUGUAUUCAUGCCCCAACUUCCCAGCAGCCCCCGCCGCCGGGUAAGGGCAUCUCCCAGAGAAGGGUGGGCGUCGAUCGCCGCACCACGCGGAGAGGUGGGUGGCGCCACUGGCGCUGGCCACGACGGAGCUCAGCUCUCUCGGGGCGGGGUGUGCGAGGAGAGGCAGGCAGAGCGCAGCAUGGAGCGACUGAGUCAGAAAAUGUCCGGGCUGCAUUUCGACUUGGGACCUGCCAAGGAGCCGCUGGGCUUCAUCAAGAUCCUGCAAUGGAUUUUCUCCAUCUUUGCGUUUGCCACCUGUGGAGGUUACAGUGGAUACACUUCAAUUAAUGUCAACUGCAAGGUCUUAAACCAGACUCUUCAGGCUAAUUUUUCUUAUCCAUUCAGGUUGAACAAGGCUUCAUUUGGCGUACCCGAAGAGAAAUGCAACAUCAGCUCCUGGAAGGAGCCUUACCACCUGGUGGGAGACUUCUCCUCCUCCGCUGAGUUCUUCGUCACCUUUGCUGUGUUUGUGUUCCUCUACUGCAUAGCCGCCUUGGUGGUGUACCUGGGUUACUUGCACUUGUACCGGGGUGCUGGCAAACUCCCCAUGAUUGAUUUCAUCGUCACGGUGAUUGUCUCUUUCUUGUGGCUGGUGAGCACAUCCGCUUGGGCCAAGGCCCUGACGGACAUCAAAACAUCCACCGGCCCCAUGGUAGCGGAAAUUGAGCCUUGCAAAGGGACGCCACCAAUAUGUACUUUCCGUGAAGUCAGCAGCAUGGGAUCCUUGAAUGUCUCUGUGGUGAUUGGUUUUCUCAACCUGAUUCUGUGGGGAGGAAAUGCUUGGUUUGUCUACAAGGAAACAAGCCUGCACCGCCCUCCAGAUGCUGCUCCGUCCGAUCCAAGCAAUCCUCCAAUGCCCUCGGGAAUGUAAGGACUGUGGGCAGUCAUGUGGUUUGGAGCGCAGCCUCUCACCGGCAGCACGGUCACUGCAGCAGUCUUUGUUUCCUUUUCUUCCCCCUCCCAGUUAUGCAGUAUGAUGUGUGGAGAAAGACAGAGCUCCCCUUUUUUUGCUCUAAAGCCCCUGUUCGAGAGGGAGGAAUGGAGAGAUACACUCUGCCCUGUACGUCCGUGAGGGUGGUUCUACUGUAUCAAAGUGUCUUCUGUGCAUUCAAAUAAAGACACAAGCUUCUUGAUUAAAGGCUCUGUAGACCUCCAAGGGCCAGCUUUCCGACUGGUGCAGACCAACACAAAUUAUGCCCUUCGAACGGAGCCCUGCUGCUUUGUGUGAGGUGCAGCCCAGUCUUGUGCAUACUUACUCCAAAGUAAGUCCUGUUUUGCUCAGGUGGGAGUUCACUCUCAAGUAAAUAUGCAUAGAAUUGCAGCCUUCGCGUCAUCCAGACAAAUGCUUUUGUCUGGCUUGCAGACGGCAGUUGUGCACGGUUCUUAGAUUACACUACUAUCCUGCCGAGGGAACAGUCUACAUGUCUGCUUGAUACACUCUGUGUAUAUGAAAUCCCAUUCAACCAAACAGUGAGGUCAUCCACACAAUCAAAAACAGUGUUCUACCCGGGUUUGGGAGCCGAGUGUGCUCCCGAUUUUUUGGUUGUGUGGAAGCAAGGUAGGAGGAAAACCUGGGGAUAAAUGAUUGUGUGGAAGCAAGGUAGAAGGAAAAGCUACCCAGGUUUUCCUCCUCCCUUGCUUCCACACAGCUGAAAAUCGGGAGCACGCACAGCUCCCAAACCUGGGUAGAACACUGUUUUUUAUUGUGUGGAUGACCCCAGUAGACCUUUAACCCUAGGAAUAGUAGGGAGGCUAAAAGCCAUGCUCUGUACAUAGUCUAGAGAUGUCUAAGAGCUGGUUAUAGCCAGGAGCUUUGGGAAUAGACAAAAAAAAGCACCAUCAUUCUGGGAUUCUAGGCCUUAAAGGAAGAUUAAGUCCUAGUCCUUGUGGGUGACACAGCAUAGGACUUCCUUUUAGUGUAAUUAUCAACUUUUCUUCUUAGCCCUGAGUCCAGAAUCUUCUUUCCUUGGCACAUUUUUUAAAUUCAUUGCUUUCUCUGUUUGUGCUUUUAUGAAAAUCCUGCACAAACUGGUUGGGCAUAGAAUUUUCAAAUUCUGCAAAAAGAAAAGAAAAAUGCCAAAGAAAUCCUGCUUUAUGCAAAACUGUACAAUGAUGUGCAAGAUUGAAAAUCCAUGUAGAGUUUGCAAACUCUGCACAGACAAGGCCAAAAUGCAGACUUUGGCUUUUGUGGUUAAGGUAUGUAGGCUGUAUGUUUAGCACACUGUUCUGGAGUUCCUGAUUGCAACCAUGCAGCUAUAAAACUGCAAUCUUAUAGUCAAGAAGUUCGUCGUCUGUGAUUUCUCCACAUGUAGAAUUCUGCUCUGUUUGGCUUCCUGAGAAUCUCAAUUUUUAUGAUUUAAAAAGGCAAGCUUCUAGCUUUCAGGUUUGCAAAGGUAAAACAAAACCAUGACAGCAGCAGUAUCUGAAAGGUUCAAGCCUCCAGGACUCUGAGGCCAAAUCUGUAUUUCACAUGGCUGGCUGUCCUUUCUUUAAAAUAAAAACUACUGCUUCUGUAAUGCUCCCUUGUCCCUCUUACUCCCUUUAGAGUUUGUCACCUUUUACCAAACCACUCUUUUGCCAAAGUAUUCUUAAUAGAUUGUGGAACUCGACAGUGGGUUCAAAUUAGGCAUUCAAAACAGAGCAAAUGUAUGGAAAAGUGCAUUGACAUAUUUUGUAGUGGUUUUCAUAAUUUACUGUGCAUGUAGCCAUAAUGGAACCUGUCAUUAUUUUUGCAGUUCUCUUCUGGGAUCUCCAUUCAUGCAUAGGAAUGUGUUUUGUUUUUACGUCUUUUUUUUUUUUUUACUUAUCGGUGUAUUUGGAAAGCUUUGUUCUUCCCCUCUGCAAUCUCACUUCAGGACAUCAGUUCAGUCAGCUCUGUGCUGUUAAGAUGUCUUUGAGCAUCUGCUUAAGCCUUAACUUGUUAACUUUUUAUUACAGGCAAUAUUUUUUAAAAGUAUAGGAAUUAACAUCUGAUAUUAGCUUUUUGUUACCCUAUCUUCAAAUUGCUAUGAAGACAGGGUAACAAAAUGCCAAUAUCUGAUGAUAGUGUCACUAUCAUCCUUCAUUUUACUGUGGAAAAUGGAGACCCUGAACUUAGUGGUGUGAAAGUAAGUGCCAUUAAGCGAGAUCUUGCUUCCGUAGUGUGUUCAGGGGCUGUAGCUCAGUGGCAGAGCACCUGAGUUGUGAGCAGAAGGUUCCGGUUGAAUCCCCAGAAUUGCAGGCUGUGCUGGGGAGAACCUCUGAAACCCCUGAGAGCUUGUGCAAGAGCUAGAUGGACCAAUUGGCUGACUUGGUAGAAGGAAACUUCAUACAAUCUGUGAGAAUGGAAACCUCAUCAUAGACACUAGCCAAUUCCCCCCUGUCUGUAAAAAAAAAAGGGGGGGGGUCUUCCUGCAUUGUUCCCUAUGUUCCAGAUGUUGACUACAACUCACAUAAUCCCCAAGCAAAAACUGUUACAGGUGGGGAUUCUGGGACUUGUAGUCAACAACAUCUGGGACUCGCUGUCAGAGGGACUUUUGUUAUUGCUGAUCAUCUGUGCAGGAGAGAAAGGGCAUCAGGCCACCCCCUCUCUGGUAAUAGUUUGAAAGCUGACCAUGGAAUCAUCUGUUUGAUAGUGCAGAAAUGCUGCAGAUACAUUAAGGUCAUGCACACAAUCAUGGCAGCGGCAGGGAGGAUGGACAGCAGGGUUGGACCUCCCCCCACCUCCAAGACAAUCUGCAGGCUUUUCUUCAGCACGCCGUCACAUGCCCACAUGAUCCAUGCUGCAGUGCAGAUUGCUGGAGGCCGAGAAAACGAGUCCAGGCCUCCAGGUAUCCCACAAUGAACCGCGCAAUGAGUGUGGUGCGUUGAGGAAAUCCCCCAUGAAUCAGGCACUCUAGGCGCCUGUCUCUGUGUGCGCUUGGAUUGCGUGCAGCCUGGGUGUACACACAUGACCCCGACCCUGGGGUUGAGGGCAUGCUCGUGCCCUCUAACCCCAGCUAAGGGCUGGGAUUAAAAAUCAGGCUUGAGGCAGUGCCAGGAUCAUCUUCAAUCCCAGCUCUGCACACAAUCGGCCCAGACCAGGUUGGGCUGCUCGUGUGCACAGCCUCAAUGUCUGGCUGGAUGGGUUUCCUCUAUUUUCACACCUCUUACGCACCUCGGAAGCUGCCUUAUACCGAGUCAGACCAUUGGUCCAUCUAGCUCAGUAUUGUCUGCACAGACUGGCAGCAGCUUCUCCAAGGUUACAGGCAGGAGUCUCAGCCCUAUCUGGAGAUGCCCUUUAUGUUCACAAAAAGGAACUUACAUCUUGACUUGCACUAGAUCUGGGCGGCACAGUGUUGGCCCUGCUGCAGAUGUUGGCCUACAACGUCCAUCAUUCGUGACUAGCAGCCACUGUGGCUGGAGGGGAUGGGCGUUGUAGCCCCCAAACAGAUGGAAGGCUGAGGUUGUGCAGCCCUGCACUAGAUCAUAGUCAUUGUGUUCAAGAUUGGGAGCUGGAUGUGGCGGCGUGUCACAUCACAUUUCAAUGAUUCCAAUGAAAAAUAUAUAGAUGACCAGUGUCCCCCCCCCGCCCUUCCAUAAAGCCACCUAGGGAACUGCCUUAUCCUGAGUCAGACCGUUGGUCCAUCUGGCUCAGCAUUGUCUACACAGGCUGGCAGCGGCUUCUCCAAGGUUGCAGGCAGGAGUCUCUCUCAGCCCCAUCUUGGGGAAGCCAGGGAGGGAAAUUGGAACCUUAGAUGCUCUUCCUAGAGCGGCCCCAUCCCCUAAGGGGAACAUCUUACAAUGUUCAUGCAUGUGGUCUCCCAUUCAAAUGCAAACAGGGUGGACCCUGCUUAGCUAAGGGGACAAGUCAUGCAUGCUACUACAAGACCAGCUCUCCUCCCUCAAGCACCAUCAGUCCCAGAAAUGAAAAGCUAAGGCACGCGCUGCUCUGUCCUUAGCUGCUGUGUGCUCUGCUAAACAAACACGCAGAAUCAAGCUCUUCACGAUCUAUGUUUGCGUAGGCAUUUUGCAUUCUCUCUGUUUCCAGAACAACUUGACCUAACCAAUCCCCAGCAACCUUAAGCAUCUUGUGCUACAGUGAAGUCCUAAUCAGUGUUCCCUCUAACAGGGGUUCUCAGAUGUUGUUGACUACACUUCCCACGAUACCCAGCCAAAGUCCAUUGCAGCUAGGGAUGCUGGGAGUUGUGGUGAACAACAACAGGAAAUCUCUGUUAGAGGGAACACUGGUCCCAAUGCUCUUCCUUACAGCCACAGCCUACACUCAGGGUGCCCAGGAACCUGCACAGUGCUCUAAGGUGCAGAGCGGGGAAGGUGGGAUCUCAAAGGCAGAAUCCUUCGUAUCUGAGCCUUCAUUAGAAAACAAACAGUUUCUUGCCCUUGCUGUUAACAAUGCAUUCUUAUACCAAGGCUGCUCAACUUCAGCCCUCGUGCAGCUAUUGGCCUACAACUCCCAUAAUCCCUGGAUAUUGGCCACUGUGACUGGAGAUUGUGGGAGUUGUAGUCCAAAAAGUGAGAGGGGGGCAAAGUUGAGCAGGCCUGCCUUGUGCAGUGGUUUGGUGCUUGCUCCAGGUGCAUAUGCUAAGUGCAUAACCGGUUGGGUGUUUUUUUAAAGCCCUAUUACUUUGUCAUGGAGAAAUGUAGUUCCUGUCUCUUGUCUGAAUAAUAGUUCUCUCGGAGCUGAAUGACAGCUACUUUGGGAGCUUUGUUCCAUAUAGCCUCUCCAGCAUUGCUUUGGAAUGAAUGUGCAUGUGUAUCCUCCAUUGCUUUGGAAAGAAUGUGCAUGUGUAACCAUCCUGAGCCAUUUUUGGAAAGGUGGUAUAUAAAUCAAAUAAAUAUAUCAGACCCAUUUGCUGCUAUGAGAGAGGACAGUCGCUGGAACAGCUGGAAGCAAAGAGCUCCUUUGGAGAGGGAACCUAAUCCAGUAGCUUUUAUAGAAGUUGGGCAGCAUCACAUGACCUUCUCUAGUCUAUAGGAGGUCUAGCUGGUGAUCCUGUUGUUCCCUUCCUUGGCCCUAAGGUGGCGCUCAGGCUGAAUAUACCCGAUGAUGCUCAGGACAAGUUGCAUGCGUCAAACCAGUUGGGGAAACCCAUUGCCUGGACCACAAAUCGCCAGCCCCGGUGUUUCUCACUCCCUUCUUGGCCUGAAACCUGGCAAUGCGUAACCAGGGCGCCUUGCUCACUUGGACAGUUUGGCACUUGCACAUUUGGUCUAUGGUGGACAAACCCACAAGGGCUGUAUGGGCUGAGAAAAGUACACAAAGUGGCCGCUCAGGUAGCUCCUCAGUCUGAACUGAGCUCCUUUUGAAGAGCUGUUAAAACACCAGAUGCACUUAACAUCAGGUUAACUAUGCAAAUGUGCCGAUGCUCUUUUCCAGCAUUACUGAGAGAGACCAUGAAGGGGGAAAUGCUAAAAUGAAACGGAGCAACCUUUCCCUCACAUCCUGCUCCACUGCCUUGAAGACACGUUGACCUCACACUAUUGCUUUUUGACACUAGAUCUCUCUUAAAUCACCUCAAGUGCAGAUAGCACCAAAAAAUGCACGUUCUCUCUCUCUCCUAAAGAACAUAGGAAACUGCCAUAUACUGAGUCAGACCAUUGGUCUAUCUCGCUCAGUAUUGUCUUCACAGACUGGCAGCGGCUUCUCCAAGGUUGCAGGCAGGAAUCUCUCUCAGCCCUACCUUGGAGAAGCCAGGGAGGGAACUUGAAACCUUCUGCUCUUCCCAGAGCGGCUCCAUCCCCUGAGGGGAAUAUCUUACAGUGCUCAUACUUCUAGUCUCCCAUUCAUAUGCAACCAGGGCAGACCCUGCUUAGCUAAGGGGACAAAUCAUGCUUGCUACCACAAGACCAGCUCUCCUCUCUUUGCCCCCAAAGUAGCUGUCAUUCAAGAAAGUUAGCUGUGCCUCAUUUAACCCGCUGACAGGGAUUUUUGUACCUUAUGCAACUACAGAGUUCAGUUUCGGAGCAAUUUUGCUCAUGCAGAAUUACGGUUGACAGAUCUUUUGCUUUGGGCUAACCUUCAUGCUUUUUCUGGGAUGGGAGACGAUGCAGGCCAAAUGCAUUUAUUACCAAAAACAAAACAACAAAAAAAGCAUGCACAUACACAGCUAUGUAUUUUGCCUGUCUCUGAUAAGAAUUGUUUGAGAAACCAUGUGUGUGUUCUUUACACAAUAAAUGUAAUAAACCAAUUUGCUCAGUGGA